CAGAUGCCAGUGAGCUUCGAGGUGGUGGCUGUGUAUUUCACCCAUGGGCAGGGGGCUCUGCUGGACCCCGCUCAGAGAGCCCUCUACAGGGACGUCAUGCUGGAGAACUACGAGACGGUGACCUCGCUGGGAUUCCCCAUUCCCAAACCUGACUUGAUCGCCCGGCUGGAACGAGGGGAAGAGCCGUGGGUCCCAGAUCUCCAGGCCUCCAAAGAAAGGAAGAGCCCAAGAGGCACCCACAAAGGUGAUAGGACGGUGAGUGAGAACCAGGAGGAGAAUCAGCAGGAGGAAGGUCCUGGGAAAGUGGUAUCACAGGAGAUGGUUUUCAGAAAAGCUGAAGGGUAUUUUUCCCAAUGCUUGGAACAGGGAAAUGCGUGGAGAGAUCGACACAGAUCAGAGAUGCAGCUGGGAAACUAUCUCAGGAAGAAACUGGAUGAAUCCAUUCAAGUGGCGGAGGAUGGAAGGAUCCCAAGGAAACCGUAG